UUGUUGAGGUAAAAAGCGAGCGCUGCUGCGUUUCUAUGGAACACCCGCCGAGUGAGUAGCAACCAUCGGGGUUGCCAUGGUUUCCGAACCAUGAGAGCCAUGCGCAGAAGGCCUACUCCUUCAGCUGUAGCCGCACCAGCAAGGAGCGAGCGAGUAACAAGUAGUGCGACUCGAGCUCAAAAUGUAAACGCACACACAACGACGUUUCCUGCAACCUGGAAUUCUGCAGCCCUGUGCUGCAGGACGUUCGGCUUACAGGGUGAGCGCUUGGUGUGCAAUACCGACGGCGUCGAAGUGGUGUGCCAAGGGUGCGGCCCGCACGGCCGGCAGCCCUGUAGGCCACAGGUCGUGAUGAAAAAGCAGUAAUAUGAAUGAAUCAAUCUUGACGGCGUUGACCAUCAUCUUUGUGGUGGGUGAGCCAUUCUGCGCCAUGGUAAGCCUGGUGGUCAAUCUCUACUGCAUUUGCCAGCUGAGUGGCCUGAGCAGCAGAGCCAAGAAUGCGGGCGCUCAAACGAAUAAGCAGGCUCUCAUCUGGAGCUCCCUCAACAUUGUGAUGGCCACCCUGGACCAGUCAGCCCUGACGCUGGUUUUCGGAGACUACCUGGGCCACAGCGGCCUCUGCAGACUUGUCAGCUUCGUGCGCACCCUCAACAUCGUGAUUGAUUCCUGGAUGAUGGUUAUCUUCUUUUUGAUCAUAUUGUCACCCUACAAAAGGUUCCCACACGCACCGUACUUCGUGUUUCUUGUAGCCACAAUUCCCCUGAUAAACGAGUUGGUUUUCCCCUCGAAGUCUCUGAACAUUGGUCCUCAAAUGGACAUCUGCGUGUAUGAUGAGAAAGCAAAAGUCCGCAUAUUUCUGCGCUUCUUCUUUGUCGACCAGAUUCCGAUCAUGUUAUCCUUUUCACUGAGCUUCAUGAUAGCGUAUAUCAGCAACAAGAAGAGAAAUCAACUGGCGUCUUACUUGGCCGGUUUGCUGAUAGGCCUCUUUAUUAUGAGCAUCCUGUCGCACGUGCCCUUCUGGCUCAUCCCCGUAAGCACUAGCGCCAUGACGAAGAAUAUCAUCGGACAUGCUUUCUACUAUGACAUGCUUGGAUCAAUGUUCGAGCGAAUUAUUGCCUGGGAAGCCGUGCCCUUGUUAGUGCUUAGGGCGCAGAAAUGUUUCGUCACACUCUCUAACAUCAUCGGGGAUGACGUUCUGAGCGCGCAGGAUCCGCAGCUUGAGGUGGUCGAACUGGAGGAGCUCGAGCAGCCCACCUUUAACCUUGCUGUUGUAAAAACUGAUAGAACUGACCUAUAAAGGUUCAGUCUGCGACAGAUAUCCCGGUCAGGGUAAGAAUUGGAUUUGUAACGAUCACCUUUUAAUCGGCUACUAUGAGAGUCAAUUUUAUUGAUUGGUCAACCGCUUUUCAGUUCAAUCUUUGGAUAUUGAAUUUUUAAGUUGGCCAAAUUUUACAAUUUUAAAAGCUUCACUUUGUGCUGUGAGGAUCCUAAGAUUUUAAUGUGAUCUGGAAUGUGUCCAAAUAAACCAAGAGGCUUAAUUUCCGAAUGAAAUUCAUUCGUCAGUGUUCCAUAUAAUAUAUAUGAUACAAAAUGUAUUUUCCCUGCGGCUUAAACGAUAUAGCUAUUUAUUAUGGCACCUAUUGUUGGCAACAACCUAAUGUUAAGAAGAAUAUCCAUUAAAUGUAUGA